AUGAAGGCUUCGUGGCUGGGGUGGUCCCUCUUCUCACUGUGGGCUGUGCCUACUCUGGCCAUGCGUUUCCGAGGAACCGACCCGGAUACACCGACGACUUUCAACGGUGUUGAAGUGCCUCCAUUGCCGCAGCUGACCCCUGAAAUGUUUGAGGAAACUUCGGACCCCUUGUCACCAAACUCGGAGGAUUCCCCAGAUCCGAAGUCUCCGAACACCUUCACCAAAUACUACAACUUCCAUUUUGCGUCGAUGAAUUGUCUUGCUCAUGGAGACUUCUGCGAGAAGCUUGGGAUUGAUUUCUAUCCGGUCUGGGGGUUCUACGACAAUGGUACACCGAAAGAGUCGCACGUUGGCCACAAGCCACCAGAAGAAUUGAGCAAACUCAUUGAAGAGAAACUUGAAGCGAUUAAACCUGGGUCUCGUCCUGAGGGCGGGCCCAAGUUGCCAGAGGUUGGCGCGAUCAGCAUGAAGCCGGUACCAGAAGAACCGGAGGAUGAUGACGAGGACGAGGAUGAGGAUGAGGACGAUGAUGAUUUCUCCAAUCUGUGGCCCGAUCUCGAUGACGACGACGAUCUCGACGACGAUCUCGACGAUCGGUAUAGCCGCAAGUCGUCGUCCAGGAACGAGAAAAGUGAGCUCAAGAGGGGCGACCGUGAACGAGAUAGUGAGAAAAAGAGUGGCUCGAAGAAGACUGGUAGCGAAAGGGACAGUGAGACGAAGCGUGGCUCCAAGAAGCGUGGUUCCAAGAAAACCGACAGUGAAAAAGACAGUGAGAAGAAGGGUGGCUCCAGGAAGGCCGACGCCGAAAAAGAUGGUGAGAAGAAGGGCGGUUCUAAGAAGGCCGGCACUGAAAAGAAUGGAGUGAAAAAGGCCGACAGUGAAACGGGCGACACUAAGAAAACCGGCAGGGCAAAGGAUGAUUCAGAGAAUGCCGAUGUUGAAAACUCCGAUACCAAGGACGACAUCGAAAAUGAUGACAAGUUCGGCUCUGCUAAACCCGAAGGCGUCUCUCGCAAGUCCAACACUAAGCCCAAGGAUGAAGGACCGCCCCCUAAUCCCCAGGGUAUUUCUGUUCCUCUUACUGCCGAGAGCUUCCAAAAGCUCGUAACGACGACGCAAGACCCUUGGUUCAUCAAAUUCUUCGUUCCCUGGUGUCCUCACUGUCAAGAUCUGGCUCCCAACUGGCUAGAGAUGGCAAAGGAGAUGAAGAACACCCUCAACGUGGGCGAGGUGGAUUGCGAUGUCGAGGAACGGCUCUGCGGAGAAGCGGACGUGGAAGGCUUCCCGACCAUCCAUUUCUUCCGCGGCGGCGAGAGAGUUGAAUACACCGGUCUACGUGGCCUGGGAGAUUUGCUCGCGUACUCGAAGAAGGCCGUUGGCCCACACUCUGAAAUUCAGGAGGUCGACACAGCUGCAUUCAAGGAAUUGGAAGAAACCGAGGAAGUUCUCUUCCUGUACUUCUACGACCAUGCGACCACCUCCGAGGACUUCAAGGCCAUAGAGCGUCUGACUCUUAGCCUUGUGGGCCACGCCCGCAUCGUCAAAACCAGGAGUGCUGCUCUGGCCGAACGGUUCAAGAUCUCUACCUGGCCUCGUCUCCUGGUGGUCCGCGACGGACGACCCAACUACUACAACGCUCUCGCUCCUAAGGACAUGCGAGACGUCCGCCAACUACUUUCUUGGAUGCAAACUGUGUGGCUGCCCAUUGUUCCCGAGCUCACAGCAUCCAACGCGCGGGAAAUCAUGGACGGUAAAUUCGUGGUGCUUGGGAUUCUGAGUCGACGCCGCUCCGACGAUUUCAAGCAAUCAAGGCGGGAACUGAAAGAGGCUGCCCUUGAGUGGAUGGACAAGCAGGUGCAGUUGUUCCGGCUUGAGCGAUCGGAACUUCGCGACGCCAAGCAACUGCGCAUCGAGGAGGCCGAUGAUCGUAACGACCAGCGUGCGUUGCGGGCCGCCAAAAACACGCGCAUCACGAUCCGGGAGGACGACAAGAAGGCAGUUACCUUUGCCUGGGUCGACGGCGAUUUCUGGGAACGCUGGCUGCGCACGACCUAUGGGAUAGAUGUAGAGAAUGGCGAUCGUGUGAUUAUCAACGAUGAGGAUGUAAGUGACCCCAUGCCGAGUGGUGAUCGUCUCAAACUAAUUCAUUGUCUGCAGAACCGUCGCUACUGGGAUACUGCGUCCAGUGGAGCUCCGAUUAUAGCCUCACGGACCUCGAUCCUUGAAACUAUUCCUCUGGUCGUCUCCUCGCCUACCAAGCUGUCCCCCAAGUCCACCAUCGGUGCCUUUGAGUCGGUCAUCUUCUUGACGCGGACCUUCCUUACUGGCCACCCCAUUCUCUCUCUUGUCUUUCUGGUACUUUCCGUGGCUGGGGUCACGAUCUACCGGAGUCGCUCCUUGCGACGUGGUGGAACCAGCCGUGGAGGGAUUCUGGGCAACACUAGCCCCAGCGGUGGCCUCUUCGCUCUGGAUAACAAGCAAAGCUUCCUGAACGGGGGCUCCACCGGCAAAGUCGAUUAA